UAGGCUAGAGGGGGGGGGGGGGGAGAGAGAGAGAGAGAUAAAGCGAGAGGAAGACGUAGAGCCUAAUUCAAAUAGUCUGUAGCUUUGGAUUUUCUCUUGAAUGCGAACUGGAUGCGUGGACGCCUGGGAAGCGAGAAAGUAAGCGCACUCUUGCUUUCCACCCCCCACCUCUUCUUGCCACAAGGGAAGGCACACACACACGCACGCACACGCACAGAUGAAAAGCAGCAGCUAGGCCGCACAUCAUUAGUUCUUGGUGGCCAAGCACCAACAAAAGGCUUGCAAACGAGAAGCUCGGAGCACAACUAAGGCUUCUGGGAAGGAGGAAGGAAAGGACAGCACUUCCUUGUGUUGAACCCACACCGCCUUGCGUGCGUGUGCGUGAGUGCAAUUUGGAGGUCAACUUGACAGCGCAGACACAUUUUUUUUUCUUCUUCUUUGGCGGAGCCUCGAAGAGAAGCCUCCAGCCACAUGAGCAAAUGACGUGGAAUAGCUUCACUUUGUGGGUCACGAUGGUACCGCUGAGAGGAUUACAGCAGAGUAGGAAAGCUGCACUCGCUCUCGGGAUGGAGGACGGGAAGAUCUAGCGGCAGAGGAUUUAUAGCUACGGACAUAUUAAUGCUCAAUCGGAGUCGCCAAACGACUGAUUGUUGACAGUGAAGACCCCCUUCGGCCGGCUUGGUUUUGGGUCCGGAUUCGACGACGACAACAAAAAAAACAGCCUGCCGGGGUGGGACACGAAGAAAAGACAAAUUGACAUUUAGAUGCAGUACAAAGCUUUAAAAAAAAAAAAAAAAAAGUUACACCACUCAGACCGUUUCCAGGUCAUAGUGCAGUAGGAGGAGACUGCUCUUGUUUUUUUCCUGCCAAACACCCUCCCCACUGUUGUUUUUUUACCCUCUAGUAUUACCAUCUGCUUUCUAAACCUUUGGACAUUUGUUAGGGCUUUCUUUUUAAGCUUCCUAAAAGAAGCGGUCUGCUUAUAUUCAUGUUACCUUGACGAAUCUCGGCUGCCUGACUGUGGCGUGCUCUUCCUCGUUGGUUCGGUAACCAAGCAAUGGCCAUGGUGAGUGGGGGCUGGGGAGAUCCCAAUGGCGGCACCAACGGCCUGGGGGAAAAGGGCUACCUGAAGCGGGAGGACGAGGACGGCUCUCCCCAGGCGGGAGGCAGCGACAUGGAAGCCGGGGAGGACGACAAGGCCUGCGUGUUGGACUGUGUGGUGUGCGGGGACAAGUCGAGUGGGAAACAUUACGGCGUGUUCACCUGCGAGGGCUGUAAAAGCUUCUUCAAGAGAAGCGUUCGACGUAACCUCAGCUACACGUGCAGGUCUAAUAGAGAGUGUCAGAUUGACCAGCACCAUCGCAACCAAUGCCAGUACUGUCGCCUCAAGAAGUGUUUCCGAGUGGGCAUGCGCAAAGAAGCAGUUCAACGCGGCCGCAUCCCACCGCAGCCUAGUCUCAGCCCGACCCUCACGCCUAUAGGGGGUGCCAGCGGCCUAGGAGGCAGUGAAUUCUACAACAACAACAACAACAACGGCGGGAGUGGCGGUCAGCCGGUUUCCGAGCUUAUCUCGCAGUUGCUUAGAGCUGAACCGUACCCCAACAGCCGCUACGGGCACCAGUACAACCAGCAGGCCGGUCCUGAUAAUUCCAUGGGCAUCGAUAACAUCUGCGAGCUGGCCGCCAGGCUACUCUUCAGCACGGUGGAAUGGGCCAGAAAUAUCCCUUAUUUUCCUGAGCUGCCAGUGUCAGAUCAGGUGGCCCUGCUGAGGCUGAGCUGGAGCGAGCUGUUCAUCCUCAACGCAGCCCAGUCGGCCUUGCCGCUCCACAUGGCGCCCUUGUUGGCCGCGGCGGGCUUCCACUCGUCGCCCAUGUCGGCAGAGCGCGUGGUAUCCUUCAUGGACCAGGUGAGGGUGUUCCAGGACCAGGUGGACAAGCUGACCCGACUGCAGGUUGACUCCGCUGAGUACAGCUGUCUCAAGGCCAUCGCACUGUUCUCACCAGAUGCCUGUGGUCUGACAGACGCAGUCCACGUGGAGUCCCUGCAAGAGAAGGCUCAGGUGGCUCUGACCGAGUACGAGAGGAUGCAGUACCCGAGUCAACCUCAGCGCUUCGGCCGCUUACUCCUGCGUCUCCCUGCUCUCCGCGCCGUACCCGCCAGCCUCAUCUCACAACUCUUUUUCAUGCGCCUGGUGGGGAAAACCCCGAUUGAGACGCUCAUCCGUGACAUGCAGCUCUCUGGAAGCUCCAUCAGCUGGCCCUAUGUGCCUAUGUGAUAAGAUUUAUUUUUUGUUGGCAGUGCUGAGAACAUGAAAAUGCAGCAUCGUCAAUACGGUUGAGAACAAUAAGGAUGGUACUGAUGAACCGAGCACACGGUCCUCUGCAUGGGUAUUGUCGUUGGAAGACUUGGAAAUAAUGUGGGUGGGGGGGAUUGAAACGGCUCACGCCUAACAAAAAUGAAGUAAAACCAAGGAAAAUUAACCAAAGUUCGUCCUCGGAUUGAUGCACAAAAACACAGUAGACCACUUUUAUGGACUCUUGUGACUGCUUGAACGUCAGAUGGGCUCGCGGUUGCUAUAUUUGCCAGCAGUUACAAGAGACUAAUACCUCAUCAGACAUCAGAAUGCUUUCAUCUGAUAUUAAAAGCAAGAAUAACUUAAAAAAACAACAACUAAAUGUUCCUCACCAGAAACCGCCUUCUUUUUGACAACAGCCUUGUUAUUGGGUAUAAAUUUAGGACUUGUACAAGCAUCACAAACAUUCAUCUUUUGUUGCUUCUUUUCCAGAAUACAGCGGUGCCUUGAGAUACGAGUGACUCAACUUACGAGUUUUUGCAGGCCAAUGGUUUUGUGCUUUGAUUUGCGAGUGCAGCUUGAGAUAUGAGCACUGUAUAGUGGCGGUGAACUCAACUGACUUCACAAUAAGCAGCACUUUGGUAAAUAUUGAACAAGUUCUCCCAAAAAAAGGCUUGAAGCUGUUUAUUGCCACUCGCAGUUGAAGUUUAGCCUUUCAGUCCGCUGGCUUAAUGCUAACACUAAAUAGCAUCUAUGUUGUAGUGCUAUAACCCUUUAAGCAAUGGAUUGAACAGAAACGGUAUAACUCUUUUUAAUCAUGUCAUUACGGUGUAGUUUUAUAAAGUACUAUAUUAUGGAGUGCUAUUCCUCAUUAAAAUACACAUUACAAGAAUUGUUAUUUUGGGUAAGGCCCGAACGGAUUAUUGUCAUUUUCAUUCUUUCAAUGGUAAAAGAGGAUUUGCGUUACGAGCGUGGUCACGGAAUUAACUAACCCCAUAUCUCGAGGCACCACUGUAUUUGGAAAUGUAGAUUCACAACUCUUGUCUGAAAGAAAUCAAUUUAAGAAUUAGCUUAACGAGUCUCAUUUAUGACUUUAUAAUAAACACUAAAGCUUACGUCGACAACGCGUUGGACGUGUCAGUGUAAAUAUAUCGAGGCUAACUUUGAUUUCCCUCUGCAUGUUCAAAUGUUUUGUUUCAUCCUUUUGUGUAAUACAUUUCAAUAUUGAAGUGUUGCUUCAGUGUUAGCUCCUCAAUGUGUUUCUAUGUGUUGACAUAAAAAUACCUCUCUAAUGACCCACAUGUUAUCGCUAAGGACUGAGUGCUGUUGUACUUUGUAUAAAUGACGUGAGGCGACUUGAUGAUUAAAAACUGCACAAGAAGGAUUUUUGAAUACCAAAAUUUCACACGUGGACUAAAGAAGGCCCCUGAUUCACCACCAGGACUUACCUCACGCUAGUAGUUUAAGACGCUUUGUUGUUUUAUAGAAUCACAAAUAUUUUAGAACAAAGAACACAAAUCAACCGUAAGCUUUUGCUUCUUGCUUUGACCCUAAAAGUGAUCUGGAUGUGAUUAUUUUAGUCAAAGUCACACAUCCAUUUCAUUCACCAAGGUUAGCGUUACAGUACUAUUAAUGGUUUCUUACUUUUGUGUUCUUAUGCCGGAGUUUUAUGUGGAUGGCAAGAUUAUUAAAAGAAUCAAAAGAUGGCAAGUGUGUCUUUUGUUAUGGAUGUUUGUUUUUUCAAACUUGCUGAAAAAAAGUGUUGUAAUUACAGCUGUAUGACGAAUGCCAAAUAAACUACAACAUGCACCA